CUAUAUAACAAGCAGCAUCUUCCACAAUAUAAUCCUGGGUCUCCACUGAUCUUAAGACACUCUCUGAAAUCCAGAUCGGUAGAAAAGAAGAAGUAGUAACACAAUGACAGGGGAAGAAGUGAACUAUAGGUAGAUGCUUGACAAGUACCUAGGGACGUAUAAGUAACUACAAUUUCAGAAUUGCUCCAGAAUAUAAAGAUCAUGGAUUAUAUUCAGAGGAGUCGAACUGCUUAUUUACCACAAAGGAAAAGAAACGAAGCAAAACUAAAUUUUUUAAAGGAAAAUACCGUCAUUGGGAUACCGAGAUGCUUCACUUCACCAGCUAGUUUGACACAGGAAAAGAAGGAGCCAGUUGCAUUUCCCCCUAUUUCCAAAACAUAUCCCGGAGUCAUAUCACACUCUAUAAGGAGAAGCAGCUGGUCUGGGCAAGGAACUAGAUCUGUUCAAGACCUUUUCUUCUCCCUGCAGCUUUCUGACUCACAGAGGUCAUUCCACAGGCAUGCCAGUCUGAAGGAAGUUGGUUUGGAAGAUUGCCACUGGAAUGUUCCUUAUAAGAAAAUAAGUGGAGAGACCAACAUGCAAAUCAAAGCCCAUUUAAAGAAUAAACUGCAUCAUCGACGAGUCAAAAGAGUCAAUAAUGAGACAAGCUUAGGGGAGGACAACCAGUACAUUCUGGAGAGCACUGAGUCUUUUCUCUUAAAGUCUCGGCAGAAAGCAGCUGGGGAGGAUGACCAUCUUAACGGACUGAGCACUCCAUGUACUUUGCCAGGUGAAGACCAGGAAUCUGACAGUGAAACUCGGCCUGGACUAUGGACUAUGUCAACCUGGGAUAAUACAGAAGCAGAAAAUACGAACGCUGAGCCAUUACAGGAAAAAGGUCAAUUAAAUGGAAAUGCUUCAAGUACAGAUGCAGAGCUUUUCUUAAGUGAACAUGGCAGUGACUUAUGGUUUAGUGUAAAAGAAAAGUCAUCUGGAGAUCUCCAAACUAGAUAUGAAGAUAACCCUGAAGAUGAUGUGUUUAACAGUUUACUUGAUACUGAGCACAGGAUAAUUCGAGGGCAGCUAAAUCUACCGUAUGCAACAAGGAAGAAAGUGUUCAUGGUGUAUAUCUGUGGAGGAUAUCAAGAUUCCCACCCAGAAAGAAAUGCAUUAUUUAUUAAGUGUUAUCCAGAGCUCUUCAUCUACUUCAAGGAAAGAGGUAUUGAAUUCCGUAUGCUUGAUCUGAGAUGGGGCUUAAAGGAUGGAGUCAGCAAUGACCAUGUUAUUCCUUUACUACAUCUUAAGACUCUUCAGGAAUGCCAGGAUUCAGGACACACAGCAUUCUUUUGCUUUGUAGGACAGAAAUAUGAUCAGAUGACUGUCCCAGCUACUUUAACAAAAGAAACGUUUGAAGGGAUCAAAUCGUUGCUGGAAACAAUAAAGGCAGCAGCAAAGCAGAACGUUCUUAGUGCAACAGGAACAGAUGACUCCUCUGUGAAAGAUGGGAGCCCUUUUGAUGAAUCAGACCAGCAGCAAAAUGCAGCAGAUGAGAAUUCAGCAGAAGAUACUUCAGAAGUAGAGGACUCACUCCAAGAUCCUGAUAACAAAGACAUGUUUGAACCCAGCCACAAAAAACUAUCCCUGAAAUAUGACCGAGAUCUUGCACUUCUUACUCAAUGGUUUAAACUUGAUGAGAACUGCGAGCCAAGUGUCUACAGACUUCAGGCCAUUAGCACACAUUAUGGAGAUAUAUUCAGCAAGGACCCUGUACGUCGACAACAAGCCAAAAGCAAGUGGAUAGGUACAAUGCAAAGACUGUAUGAGAUUCUCCAGGAAUACAGUCCUCAGGUCCUCGGUAAAGAAGCUGCAGGGAAGCUCCUAAAACCAGUGAUUCAGCAAGAAAUAGACCAGACUUUUAAAGUUGAGGGAAGUCCAGAAGAUCAUUUCCAUUGCUUCAAACGAAUCAUCAGCGACAUGAAAUAUAACCUGCAUAGCAGUCGAGCCUCUGACUACAUUGAUGUCCUUCCCCUCAAGCCUGAGAUCAACAAGACCCUGCAUGAUGCGCAGCAGGCACUUAUCAAGGGAAUCCAUCAGAAGCUGCGUCACACAAACAUCUACGAGUACAGUGUCAGCUGGGGAUGGGAAGGAAUAAAUCCUGUUAGCAACAGAUCUCAUGCAUAUUAUCUGGAACGCCUGUGUAGCGAUUUUCAGAAAAAGGUUAUUGAGCACUUCAACAGAACAUUCCAUGUGCCCUGUGAACCAGAAAAGACCUGGAAGAGAAAGGAAUUUUUCAGGAAUCGGAAAAAUGAGGAGAUUUUAGAGCAUGCCACCCACUGCCAUACACUAGUAAAGAACUUUAUUGGUCGAGAAUCUAUUUUGAUGCAGCUCCAGGACUGUGUGAAAUCUAGUAACAGACGCCUGGUUGUAUUACACGGACAACCUGGCAAUGGGAAAAGUGCUAUAAUGGCUAAGGUGUCUACAACAGCAUCAGAGUGGGUUGCUAGGGAUCUGAGAGUUGUGAGUCGAUUUAUUGGUGCCACUGGGGAGAGUCGACACACUCGCCUACUGCUACAAAGUCUGUGCUACCAGAUAGGUGACAUAUUUAAUCUGAAAACACAAUUCUCUGAGAAUCUUAAAGGAUUGAUAAAUGAGUUCUCAACUCUUCUGCAAUUGGCUACUGACAGUAGACCACUCAUGGUAGUCCUCGAUGGUAUAGACGAGUUAUUGCAAAAUGAAGCGCAUCUGUCCUGGAUACCCCCAGAGCUGCCCGCACAUGUGUAUUUCAUUGUGUCUGUCACGUCUGAGUCAGAGUGCGCCUCCUUCAGGCAUUUACAGAAGCUUACAUUGGAUCAGAAUAUUAUUCAGAUAUCACCAUUAAGUUCAGUGGAAAUAAAUGAUAUGAUUGAGUUGUGGCUGAAUAGAGAUUGUCGCAAACUUACAAGGCACCAAAGAAAUGUUCUGCUUGAGGCCUGUGCGGCAUGUCCUCUUCCACUCUAUGCAGUGUGCGCUUAUAUGGAGUCACAUCAGUGGACAUCCUAUACCCCCGACAGUGAGAUCCUUCUACAUCCUAAUAUCUCUAAGAUGUAUUCCUGCAUUCUAACAAGACUAGAGAAAAAUCAUGGUGACCAGGUCGUAAAAAAGACCACAUCCUAUAUUUCACUGUCCAGAAAUGGCAUAACACAAGAGGAACUCCUGGAUAUGUUGUCACUGGACGAAGCCGUUAUGGGUGAAAUAAGACAAUACCAGGGAGUGGCUGUGUCUGUGUUUCCAGAAGUACUCUGGAUCAAGCUACGUAAUGACUUUGGGAUCCACUUGGUGGAACAAAGGACAGAUAAUAGCUAUGUCAUCAACUGGGCUCAUAGCCACUUUAGGACUAUUGGUAUGAAUAGAUAUGUGAAGUCAAAGGAUUUUCAACUUUCUAUCCAUUCUGCAUUUAGCGAUUACUACCUGGAAAGCAGAAGUCGCCAUGAACUUGAUAAAAGUGAUCCAGUCACACCUAUCAUGCAACUGUCAUGGGUGGUAAAGCAUGAAAACAGAACUGCCCAUGUGUUUAACCUGCGUAAAAUCCUUGGAAUUUCUUAUCAUCUGUUGCAGUCUAAUCAGAUACAACGGCUGGUGACCCAGUGCAUAUUCAAUUACGAGUAUCUGUUACAUAAAGCCUGGGCUACCUCUGUGGUGGAGAUCCAGGAAGACAUAAAGGCAGCCAUGAAUCCUGAGCGGCCAAUGCUUGACUUGAAUCUGCUAUAUGAAACUCUCCAGUUAUCUAUGAAGGUGCUACAGCGAGACCCCUGUCAGUUGGCGUCACAGCUUAAAGGACGCCUGCACCAGAUAGAAGCCUUAGAUAAACCUGUGGCCCCUGGUGAUCCGAAGAAAUAUCCAUUACUGCCAUCUUUGAUGUCUCAGUGUCAGCAGUCCUCUAUUGCCACUUUCAUACCUUCAUUCACAUGUCUUCUGCCACCUGGAGGAAUCCUCUAUGACACCUUAGCAGGCCACACCGACAGUAUUAGUGCAGUUGCAGAAGCACAGACUGAUCUACGAGCAAUGACAGCAUCCAGGGAUGGCACCUUGAAGGUUUGGGACCUAGUAGCCGGGAAGCCUGUGUUUACACUUCCUGGCAUUGGAAAGCACAUUGACUCCAUCACUGUCUGUAUGCAGAACAGGAUAGUCGCUGUCACUCAGGACCACAGUUUCCAGAUAUGGGACCUCUCAUGUAGCAGAAUGGUUUAUGCUGCCAAUGACUGUUUGGACGCCCCUAUUCUGACAUCUGCCAUGGACGGUCAGCUUCUCUUAGCUUUUUUUGAUGGAAGCCAUUUAGUUAAUGUGUUUGACUUGACUGACUCCUGUAAGCUUGUCUGUAAGGUAGACAUUCCUGCAGAUGAAACACCGGUUCAUAAAAAUCACUCUAUUCUGGUUUCUAGGAAUUCAUAUAAAGAUUACAUUCUAUUUGCUUACAGGAGUGGGAAGGAAGCCAUGGUACUGAACGCCAGACGGGGAGCUGUUGUUGCCAAACUCACUGGGCAAGAUCCAGUGGCUUCAGUUCAAGGUGUGGCUGUGACCAAGGAAUAUUUCCUACUGAUUUGCAGGUAUCCUUCACCAAAAUUACAUGACAUGGUACAUAUCGAGCUGUUCAGUGUGCACACAUUUGCCUAUCUUCGCACAGUGAAGGGCUGCUGCAAUGACUUCAUUACUAAGUUUGCUGUAAAUCGACAGGGGUCACAUGUGAUUGCAUUUUCUCGGCUCCCAAACACCAAUACCACGGAGAUAGUAGUUUGGAAUCUAGAAACAGAGGAUCAUAAACACUUGGCAAAAUUUUCAUCAGUGCCGCUUGGAGGAGUAUGCUUUGAUCUUCGGUUCUGCCUCGCCUUCUGUGAAGGAGAGAACGUCUUACGAUUAUGGAAUUUAACUAACCGUAUAAAUGAUCAGUCUCUGACAGUCAACGUGAACAAUGCAAAGGUAGCCAAUGGGAUUCAAGAGAUUGUGACAAUGAAGAACUUUCCCAGAUAUGUGGUCUGCAGGAGUGUGAGACCUGGGGUGAUCACUGUCUGGAACAUUGUGAAAUCAAAGUGCAAAAGCAGUGCGGUGCGUGUGGAGCGAGGACUGGUGGAGAGCAAUGAUAUUGUCUUAGUCCGAGACAUGAAGCUUUAUAUCCUCACUGACAGGGGUAUGGCCUCAUUCACUGACACACCCCGACCUAUAUUUCAGACUCUUCUCACUUAUGAUUUGCUGAAGAAAAAAUAUGUCCGCCGGCAGACAGGCCUCUAUAUUAUACCUUGUCCUAAGCAUGAAUACAGGGUCCUGGAUAAAGGUUUACUACUGGGGCUCUCAGAGAACAGGGAUCAUUUUGUUAUUUGGAACUUGGAGACAGGUUUUAUAAAGGAUCGGCUAAGGCCACAAUUUAAGGAUAAGUCUUCAGCCCUGGACAGAACGGCAGACAAUGACAUAUCUGAUGAAAAUAUUCAGAAAAAGAAAAGAGUUAUGCAGCAAAAAAAGAAAGGAAAGGAGACAGUAAUUCUCACACCGUGGGAAAGACGCAAUGAGACCAAAACUGCAAAGCGACGCAGGAAGGAAAAAGAGAUGAGACAAGAGGUCGAGAGGAUCCAACAGUUGGCUAAUGAAAAGAACAAUGCUAUAGAUCAAUACAUCCUGAGUGAGAAUGAAAAGGUUAUAAUAUGCUCAUACUACGCGCACCAUCUUUGUGUGUUUAGCCUGGACACUGUCAGCCACCUGCAUACCCUGGAGGACAAGUCAUCAAUGCUCUUUUUACACAAUGCCGCUCUGACAUACAAUGGUAGCUUCUUGGCUCUCUCCAAUUACUGUGACGCUGACAAAAUUAGUUACGUAACUCUUUGGGAUCUUCAGAACGGACUGGUCAAGAAACGAUUGAAAAAUGAACCAAAUAUUUGUUGCAUGGCUAUUACUGAUGAGGCAGACAGGAUUGUUUUUGGAGUGACUUCUGGAAACAUAAUAAAGGUCUGGGAUCCUUUCAGGCGUAAACACAAGAUCAUCCCAGGAUAUGAAAACCUCCAUCUUACAGUAAACAGCAAAAUACAGAUCAUAGAAGGAGGAUCAAAAGCAAUCCUACUGUCAGGUGAUGUCAGCUUGUGGGACCUGGACAAUGGAAGUGUGGUUUCAGUUUUUACUCCUGAUAGUUUGAUUUGCUGUUUAACCUUAGCUGCUGACAGGAAAACCAUUCUGGUCGGCAUGAGUGACACACCCUCGCUGGUCACCCUCAAGAUUGCGUCAAAGGACAAGGACAGUUCUAAUUAUGUAGGAAUAGAUCUAUUUGGAGAAGAAUCUACAAGUAGUGAAGAUGAAGCUGAUGAGAAAGACCAACCUUUAAAGAUCUAAGCCCAACAAAUGAGAGAGGAUAAGCAAUAACACUUUGAUCUUAUACAAGAUCUUGGGAAGUCCGUGUGUCUUGCAUGAGAACUUAUAUCUUCCUAUGACCAUAUCUGAAGUUGGACAUUUUUGUAAUGUACAUAAAAUAUUAAAUUUAUCCCAUAA